UUGAUAUAAUUAAUGAGUCUUCACUUACUUGUACUCAUGAUUUUUAACCUUCUUAUAAAACAUUCGCGGAUGAGUCAUGCAUUGAAUCAAACUAUCUAAGAAUAAUAACAUACCUUCUUGAAGUAAAAUGUGCCUUUUUUUUCUUUGUAUCUACACACAGAAAGUCUAACACUAUUAUGUAAAUAAAGAGAUUAACAAAUUAAACUAAUUAUGCAGUAAAGUCAUCAGGUGAUCCCAUGCAUGUACCAUUAGGUGUUUUAGGGUGCACUUCUGAACUUACAAAUCGUGGCUUAGUUCAGUCUCCUAAUUUCCCAUUUAUUAAUUCUCACUUUAUUUACAACACUCAACUUCCCAUUAAUUAGGAACAUAAACCCAGCAUGAAUCCCUAAAACAAGCAGACAGAUCUCUUCACAACUCUUGGUUUGCAAGUCAUACGUUAUUAACCAAACCCAACAAACUAACAGAGCCCUCAACUUCCUUGGGUUGAUGGAAAGAAGAAAAACCCAUCUAAAUCUCAUGUGUUUUUGUUCCGUAUGUUACCAAAUAAAAAUAACCAUUUAAGGUAUGGCAUUUGAUAAAUUUUAUAUGUACAUAAAAUGGAGAAAUCUUACCGUAUCAUCUCCAAAUCUCCACCACCGCCACUGUCAUAAACUCGCCACCAUUUGAGACCAUGGCGCACUACGUGUGGAUAAGGAAAGGCUUGUCAUUUCGGCAGUGCGCGUGCUCGUAGAACCCACCAACUGAAUUUUCCACCUUCAAUAUCACUUCUCGACCACCAGAUUCCAUCUGUAAAAACAUAUAAAUUAGCAGUGGGUGAGGGGUAGAGCUCUGAAAUCCAGGGAACUUAAUUGCCCACUUCAAAAAAAGAAAAAGCCGCCAUGCAAAGAAUUAUUUAUUUUUCUGUCUUCCUUUUCGCUUCUGUUAUCUUCCUUGUUUCUGUCCAUGGGAAAACAGCUGCUGAAGCUGGAAACAAUGGCGUUUAUAUCGUCUACAUGGGAACUGCAUCUGCUUCAAGGACUGACUUCCUUCGGCUUCUUUCCUCUGUCAACAGGCGGAAUCGGAAUGCAGUGGUGCACACGUACAAACAUGGGUUCUCAGGAUUUGCAGCUCGUCUCUCAGAAAAGGAAACCCAGGAAAUGAGACAAACACCUGGAGUUGUUUCGGUUUUUCCAGAUCCAUUGUUGAAGUUGCACACAACUCAUUCAUGGGAUUUCUUGGUCAGUCAGACAAGUGUGAAGAUCGACGCCAAUCCCACCAAAUCAGAUCCCCCUGCCUCUUCUUCUCAACCAUACGAUUCCAUUAUCGGCAUCUUGGACACUGGUAUCUGGCCGGAAUCGGAGAGUUUUAAUGACAAUGGAAUGGGUCCAAUACCGUUGAGGUGGAAAGGGACCUGCAUGGUAGGCAAUGAUUUCACCUCCUCCAACUGUAACACAAAACUGAUUGGAGCAAGAUUUUACGAAAGUUCAGACAGCGACGAGAUACGGUUCCACUCACCUCGGGACGAAGCUGGACAUGGCACCCACGUGGCUUCAACGGCGGCCGGCAGCGCUGCGGCUAAUGCAUCGUACUAUGGGCUCGCGGCAGGGACGGCCAAGGGCGGAUCCCCAGGGUCAAGGAUCGCCAUGUAUAGAGUAUGUGGGACCGACGGCUGCCGUGGGUCGGCGAUCAUGGCGGCCUUUGAUGAUGCGAUCGCCGAUGGGGUCGAUGUGUUGUCGCUGUCGCUUGGUUCACCGUACUACUUCAGACAGGAAACGAAGGACGACCCCAUUGCCAUCGGAGCUUUUCAUGCAGUUGAGAAGGGGAUUGUAGUGGUCUGCUCCGCCGGAAAUGACGGCCCCACCUCGGGGUCGGUGGUGAACGACGCGCCGUGGAUUUUAACAGUGGCUGCCUCCACCAUUGAUCGGGAUUUUGAGUCUGAUGUUGUGUUGGGCAACAACAAAGUGAUCAAGGGAGAAGGUAUAAAUUUCUCUGCUCUUAAAAAAACUCCUGAAUACCCACUGAUACAAGGCAAGUCAGCCAAGAAAGCCGAUGCCAGUGAAGACAGCGCGAGGAUUUGUUCUGAAGACUCCAUGGACGAAGCUCUGGUGAAGGGAAAGAUAGUUAUAUGCGAAAGCAGUGUAGAAGGAGGCGGUUCUGAUUGGCAAAAUCAGAUUGAAACAGUGAAGGGUCUUGAAGGUAUCGGCAUGGUUUUGAUUGAUGACCGAGCAAAAUUAGUUGCGGAGAAGUUUGAUGGUUCUAACAUAACAGCUAUUAGCAAAAAGGAUAGUGCUGAGGUCCUCUCCUAUGCCAACUCAAGCAGGAACCCAACUGCUACAAUCCUACCAACUGUUACCGUAAUAAACUAUAAGCCAGCGCCUGCUGUGGCAUACUUCUCAUCCAGAGGACCUAAUCCCGCAAUACUAAACAUAAUCAAGCCGGACAUAUCUGCACCAGGAGUGAACAUUCUUGCAGCGUGGCUUGGCAAUGACUCAAACUCUACUCCACAAGGAAAAAAGCCUCCACUCUUCAAUGUGAUCUCGGGAACUUCCAUGUCCUGCCCACAUGUCUCCGGCGUGGUGGGCUUACUUAGAUCGAAAAACCCCUCAUGGAGUCCCUCAGCUAUCAAGUCGGCUAUUAUGACAACAGCAAUCCAGACAAAUAACUUGGGAUCGCCAAUGACUCUGGAUACGGGAUCGGUAGCCACACCUUAUGAUUAUGGAGCAGGAGAAAUAUCAACGACUGGAGCAUUACAACCAGGACUUGUCUACGAAACCGAUAUAACAGACUACUUAAACUACCUUUGUUCCCGAGGCUAUAACCUGUCGAUCAUCAAGAGCAUCUCAAAAACUGUUCCUGAUGGGUUUGAUUGCCCCAAAAAACCAACUGCCGACUACAUAUCCAACAUGAACUACCCAACAAUAGCAGUGUCCGAAUUGAAAGGCAAGGAAAGCAAGAAAAUAAGCAGAACAGUUACAAAUGUGGGUGGCAAUGGUGAAACAGUUUACACAGUCAGUGUGGACGCAGCUGGGGAACUAGAUGUCAGAGUGAUUCCAGAGAAAUUGGAGUUCACGAAGAACAAUCAGAAGCAGAGUUACCAAGUGGUAUUCACCUCAACUGUAGGCACACUGAAGAAAGAUGUCUUUGGAUCAAUAACUUGGACCAAUGGAAAAUAUCGUGUCCGUAGUCCAUUUGUGGUAACUAGUAAGAGUAGUGAGCUGGAAGAUUACGUAUAAAACACAGAACAAAUUGAAAAUAACCAGGUCAACAUUGUAAUACUCGAGUCAUCUGUUUGAACAAUGUUAUCUUCUGAAUAAACAAAGUCGAUGUUUUAGAUGUC